UCUAAUAAAAGGAACAAGCAAAAGUUAUUUAAAAUUAAAAAAAAAAUUGUUAACCUAGGUUUUGUGUAACAUUGCGCAAAUUUCUUCGAAUUAAUUUUUUUUUAUUUGAAGAAACUUUUUUUGGGUGUAUUCAAGGGCUACUUUUUUGUAUCCGAUCAGGCGAUCAUUAAGUAAUAAAUCACGUAGCUCUAUUUUUUUUCUUAUUUAUUCGUGACGACUCCCUUAUUUCUCCAUUUUUCUGUCUUUUUAUUAAAUUUUAUUAAAUUUAUUUUAUUAAAUUUUCUAACCGUUUAUUUAAAUAAUCUGCUUAUCUCAAUGAUUGACCUCGAGAAUCUUUCUUACCGAAUUAAAUCGACAGCAGGAUUGACGAAUCCAGCUAACGGGAAUUAUUGAAACAGGCGUUGUGAACAGUUCAAUAGCGUUCUAUCUGCUGUUUUAAAAUACGCAACGCGGAAAUGGUAGAUUGCGUAGAAAUUGUAGACUUUGUCCUUAAGAAAAUUUCAUUCUUAUUAAUAUUUUUUUUAUUAUUGGGCGCCUCUUAAUAUAAAACGGUGAAAUUUUAUUAAAACAAACCACAAUGUAAAUUAUAAAAUUUUAUCAUUAUUAUUAUUCUAAGACCACUCAGUUUUAAAAAUUGGCACUUGAUCUAGUCUCUGGCCAAAAGAAUUCAAUUCCUUGACCAAUAAUAAAAGGACCACCGAGUGACAUAAUAGCAUUCAUAUGGGGCGUUGACUCACAUUUGGAGCCUUGCAUAAGUUCGACUCGUGACAUGCAUCUUAGCUUGAACACGUGCUUACGAGAAGUUUCUUGUUACUCCCUUUUCUGCCUUAUUCAAAUCUUAAAUCUGAUAAAAAUAUAUAUUUUCCCAACGGUUAGACGUUACAGAGUUAUUGUGAUCGCUUUUAAAACGCUUUACAUAUUUUGCCGCUAUUUCUUCUCUUAUGUGAACAAGCAUGCGCGCGUACGUUUGUAUAUAAACAGAGAGUUUGAAGCACAAAUGACUGAGUACGCUUCUUUCUUUCUAUGUGUUCGGAUCGUGGACCGGUUCGAAAAGGAAUUAUAACGGCCAUAGAACUUUCUUGACUUCUGCAGUUUUAUUUGCCGCGAAACAUGGAAACAUUUAUGGGAAAUGUACUUCGAUUCUUCGUGGUGAUUGCAGUGAUUGCACUGAUUAACGCAGAUGAUUUGAUUAAAGUCCCUUUACUCAAGACAUAUUUCGCAAUUGAAAAUGUAACGGUGGGCGGUUUCGGCAUGGCGCGUCAGACUGUAAGGAUAUCUCACGCUCUAUACUAUGGUAUUAUUGGUAUCGGAACUCCAGCUCAGAAUUUUUCGGUACUUUUUGACACUGGUACCUCAGAUUUCUGGAUACCAGCCAAAAACUAUAGUAUUGGCUCUAACCGUGCUAUGCCAUAUAGAAAAUAUAGAAACAAUUUAUCCAGUACGUACAGACGGAAUGAUACUCAAUUUGUUGUCCUCUAUUCUGACGGUUUUCUGGACGGAUACUUAUCUACUGAUGUAGUGCAUAUUGGAGGCGUUACUAUUCAAAACCAAACAUUCGGGGAAAUAAUAAGCGUAUCAGGGUCAGUACUUCCCUUUAGGAAAUUUGACGGUGUCAUAGGGAUGGCUUUUCCCCAUCUGUCUUCCAAAAGAAUGACUCCUGUCUUCAACAACAUGGUAGCAGAAGGCUUGGUACCGCAUUCCGUGUUUAGUUUCUAUCUAAAUCGAGAUCCCACGACUAUGGUGGGUGGUGAACUGAUAUUGGGUGGUUCUGAUCCCUCUCAUUACGUAUGGCCAUUUACAUAUGUUAAUGUUCGCGACCGAACAUUUUGGGAAUUUAACAUAGACAAAGUUAAAAUAGGAAACGUCACCUUGUGCAACAUUGGAGACUGUACAGGAUUCGUUGACACUGCCAUGACUCUGAUGAUUCCACCACCAAGUAAUGUCAGUUUUAUUAACCGUUACAUUAACACUACAUCUGCUGCUGGAGUAGAAUAUGUGGACUGUAACAGGAUUCCUGAUUUGCCUUCAAUUAAUUUCGAACUAGGUGGUACAUAUAGUAGGACGUUCACUCUCACUGGUGAAGAUUACGUUAUUAAGGUCACAACGAAUAAUAUGACAAAGUGCAUAAGCGGUUUCGACACUAGGAUACGUUCGCAUAAUGCGCCGUGGGUUUUCGGCGAUAUAUUUCUUAGUCGGUACUAUACAGAAUUUGACAUGGAGUAUGGGCGAGUGGGAUUCGCCCCUUUGAAAAGACAACGUCUUCAUCGUCCACAACAUUAUAUACUGAGCACUGAAUACAUGUCGCAUAAUGUUACUGUCAAUGUAAUAGUUCAGACACUUCUGAAACCUUCUCGAUACUUACGGAUUCAGACGCCGAGAAAUAUGGGAAACAUGUUUCGCUUCUUCGUAAUAAUUGUGGCACUUGUUGUGCUGAUCGAUGCACACUUGUUCAGAAUGCCGUUAUUUAAGGCGAAUCGCACUCGCAUUCGAAAUUUGUCGGACGUUGGCAAUCGGAGGCAACAUCGUAUGAUAAAUUAUGGGAAAACUUCGUAUUAUGGUGUUAUUUCAAUUGGAACUCCUCCGCAGAAUUUUACUGUAAUUAUAGACACCAGUUCCUCAGACCUCUGGGUAUUAUCCAAAGGUCGCGGCAAUGGCAACAACACUUUCCCGGGACGUAAAGCAUAUGAUAACACGAAAUCCAGCACACACAUAUCAGAUCUAUCACAUCUUUCGUUAACGUUUCAAUACGUUGGUGGAUAUCUGUCCGGGUAUACGUCUAUGGACACCGUGAAUUUUGCCGGUUUAAAAAUUCAAAGCCAAAUAUUUGGGGAAGUGAUAAGUGGACCGGAAUCAUUCUUCUCCAAUUUCGAAUUCGAUGGUGUCCUGGGGCUGAAUUAUCCUACGUUUUUGUUGAAUGAAAGAGGAAUGCUUCCUCUUUUCAGAAACAUGAUCUCGCAACGUCUGGUGGAGCGACCCGUUUUUAGUUUCUAUCUAAAUCGAAACCCCUCGGACGCUGUGGACGCUCAAAUGGUAUUGGGCGGUUCCGAUCCUGCUCAUUACGAUGGAGAAUUUACGUAUGUUAAUAUUAUCACCGAAAGCUACUGGCAAUUUAUCAUGGAUAAGGUUCAAAUAGGGGAUACCAUCUUAUGCGCGAACGGCUGUGAAGCUAUCGCUGACACGGGAACGUCCGCGAUAACUGGACCAUCAACGAAUAUCGCAAUCAUUAAUGGACAGAUUGGAGCUGUUAAUGUUAAUGGAGAAAAAAUUGUGGACUGCGACAAGAUUCCUAAUUUGCCUAAAAUUGACUUUGUCCUGGCUGGUAAAAGGUUCAGUCUUACAGCCGAAGAUUAUAUCUCUAAGAUUAAAGAAAACGGUAGAACGACGUGUAUAAGCUUGUUCAAAGAUGAGGUUACCUACGUGAACGCUCCGAUAUGGGUUUUAGGCGAUGUAUUUCUUGGUCGGUUCUACACCGAGUUUGACAUGGAAAACCGUCGAAUAGGAUUUGCUCGUGCGAAAUAAAUUAAAUUGCCUACUCAUUUAGUUAUCGUUAAAUGUUAAAAGAUGACAAUAAUUAAGUGACUAAAGUUAUAAAUGACAAUAAUAAGCGAAUAAUGAAGUCAAGUUUUUUGUAGAAUAUUGAUUCCUACGCUUAUUGUCUUGUAAUUUUUAUUUUAUGAUUAUUCAUGCGUUAUUAUCUUGUGAAAAUUUAUACAAUAAUGUGCGACAUUGUUUCUAUUAACGAUAUAGCUUGUACUUAAUACAGUAUCGUUUUACUAAGAAAUUGUGAACAUAAUUAAAUUUUUUUAAAUAAAAUAUAUAUUCUUUUUAUAUACUA